AUGGCAAGCUCAAGGAUGGCACGGUUUGUCAGUGAGGUCGCACCACCACAAUUUGUGAGUUUAAUGAGGCGGAGGACAACAAAAAUGUUGGACACAAUCAGUGAAGACGAGAGAGAAGUUUGUAUGCAUGAAAGGGAAGCGAAAAUAGCUUCUGUUCACUCAUCAUUUUCUUCUAGUUCAUCUCAUCAAGCACAAGCAGCUAGUGCGCCGGAAAUUGAAAAAAUGACACAACAACGUUCCCAACCACGUCAUAGAAGGGCCCUGGACAGGCCAGGCCAAAUAAGAUAG